UAAACCGAUUUUUGAAAUUGCAGCUUCAAAAACCGUUUCCCUUAUGAUAAAAGCACUAGCAUUAUUUAUCAUUUGCCUCAGUUAUUUAUUCUCACUCAUAUCCUCGUUCACCGUCAAGGUUCAUUUAUUACGUACAAUUAUUUCUUUUGAGUCUGAUUACUUACUCUGCAGGUAAUGAUUUGCUUUUCGUAUUUUUAUCUUAAAUCUUAGAAGAAUAUUUUUCACUUUGUUGCAAAUGCUUUUCUACAGAACUUUAUUCAGUCAACUGUUAAAAACGUUCAUCAGAUAGGAUGUAUCUGAUAAAAUUAGAACAGCUCAAAGCUUAGAAAGCUCAUGACUCAUUCAGAUAGAAUAUCACUAAUCAAAGUACGAUGAAGUUUACAUCUUACAUACUGUCUUGUUUAAAUGGUUCUCCAAAUUCAUCAAAUGGAAAGAUUAAGUAGGUACAGUUUAAUUAUAAAUAAUCGGUUGCUUCGGUUUUUUAGUGGAUUGAUAUCUAGUUCUAGUGCGAAAGUCUUGUUUAUAGUAGUAAGUGUGAAGUGUAACGGUAAAACUGUAAAGCAAGCCUACCAUACAAUCUGUACAGAUUGUUCAAGUGCUUUGAAAAUCUGCUCUAAGUGUGGAAAAUCGGAUGGAUCGAUUACCUUCGGUACUACAGAAAAUCAAGAAGAUAUUAACCAACAAUUUAUUGAUGCUUUGAAAAAUGUUCGUGAGAGAGAACGCCGUGCUCUUCUCCGUUUGACGCAGUCCAAUAAAAAACCAAUUGAGUCAGGUAAUAUUAACGCUGACGAAGAAUUUCAUCUAAACAGUCUGAAUAAGUUAAUUGUGAAGGAACUAUCGGAUAUCAAAUUUGAUGAGGACAAAUAUGAAUCGGAUGAUUAUAAAUCCAGUUAGCGGGAUUGCAUUAAAAUACACUUGUAAAUUUCAUAAAGCAGAUUAUUUCC